GCCAAUGGGUGGCUGACACGUCAUAACGGGGCGUGCGAACGCAAAGGACGCGCCUCUGCGCCGCCAUUUCUUAGCCCUUCGUGCGUCUAAUCCUCCGCCAUUUCGAGCUGCGUAAACGUGCACGGUGUCUUUGUUGGUGCAGGCGAGCUCUUGACUACAGACGAGAGGAACAUGGAAAACCAACUGUGCAAGCUUUUUGUCGGCGGCCUCAACGUCCAGACCACCGACGAAGGCCUUCGCAAGCACUUCGAGCAGUACGGGAAGCUGACGGACUGCGUGGUGGUGCAGAACCAGCAGCUCAAGCGCUCGCGCUGCUUCGGCUUCGUCACCUACUCGACCGUGGAGGAGGCUGACGCGGCGAUGGCCGCCAGGCCGCACGUCCUGGAUGGUAACAACGUGGAGCUGAAGCGAGCCGUGGCUCGGGAGGACGCGGGCAAACCCGAGGCGCUCGCCAAGGUGAAGAAGAUCUUCGUCGGGGGGAUCAAAGACGACGUGGAGGAAGAGAACCUGCGCGAGUAUUUCUCGCAGUUCGGCGCCAUCGAGAAAGCCGAGGUGAUCAGCGACAAGCAGACAGGCAAGAAGCGCGGCUUCGGCUUUGUCUACUUCGAGGACAACGACUCGGCCGACAAGGCGGUGGUGCUCAAGUUCCACACCAUCAACGGGCACAAGGUGGAGGUGAAGAAGGCCCUCACCAAGCAGGAGAUGCAGGCUGCCGGAGCCCGAAGCCGGGGCAGAGGCGGACGGGCCAUGGGAAGAUCCCAAAAUGGCUACGGCGGGGGAAGAGGAGGAGGAGGAGGCGGCGGCUACGGCAGCUAUAGCGGAGGCUACGGGGGCCAUGAUGGCGGCUACGGCAGCGGCUAUGGCGGCGGCUACGGCAGCGGAUACGGCGGCUAUGGUGAUCAAAUGGGCGGCUACGGCGGAGGGAACGGCUACAAUGAUUUUGGCAGCGGCUACGGCCAGCAGUCCUCUGGCUAUGGGCCCAUGAAAGGUAAUUACUCGGGCAGAAGCAGCGCCCCGUACUCCCGAGGCGGGGGCGGGUACGGCAGAGGGGGUUACGGAGGUUCAUAUUAAGGAGCCCGGCGGGGGGGGGGGUCUCUCAGAGCAGCUCCAUCCCCUAGAAUCCAACCUCCACCCACAUUUAAACUCCCCCUCCCAUCCCCCCCGUCUGUAUAAUUUAAAGUAACCGGCUCGGGAUUGACUGAACACUGUGAACCCCAGCACGUGGUUCACGCAGGAGACCCCACCACUUAACCACGUGGCUCACACAGGAGACACCCCGUACUCAGAUCUAGCGCCGGUCCGAGCAGGUAGGGCUUCCUUAUCAGAGAGCCUGACCAUUGAAUGACCAGCGCCGCAUGGCAGUGCUCUCGCCCACCGUUAGGGGGCAGAAGUGGCCGCAUUUUCCACGGGGUUUAGGACAUUAGGACUCUGAAUCCAUCACUCUGUUUUAGCCCGGGAAGGCGGGGGGUCUAAAUGUUGCCGUUUACUGUAUUCUCCCCGCGCGCAUUUAAAAUUUGUCUUCUGCAUAAGUUAGUUAAGAUUAGAUAUCUUCCUUGUUAGUGUAGGUCAGAUUUUUUUUUUUGUUUUGUUUUAGUUUGUGUUUUGUAACUUAAAUGCCUUUUUUUCCUUUUAAAUCUGUAUUGAAGUUUAUAUCAAGUGUUUAUUUUCCUGGGACCCCAUGUUUAAGUAGUUGGUUGCAGUGAACUUAAGUCCUUAGUUCUCCAUUUAAUUAGGCAGUAACUAGAUUUGUGAAGACAAAACGCAAGAAGUCGUAUUAAUUGCCCCAGAAUAAUGCCAAAGUGUUUGGAAUAACUGAUGUGUUCAGUUCCACCUGGUCCAAUGGGGAACGGUGACGUGGUGUGAGUGAGGACUUCGUCACGCUUCCCCAGGAGUUUUGUAGGUUCACUGCUGCUGUACCUGAAGCAGAGACUCACCUGGUUCGUUUUAGUGUUCCUCACCUGUGCUGGACUCCCCUCUCGUGUCAAUGUUCAGUAGUUCUUCAAUGGUUAUUAACGUGCUUAUGAACUUUGUUAGUGUUCUCGUGACACCUGUGUUUCUUUUCAGUUACUAAAGCAGCAGAAUACAGAAAACAGGCUUAUCUGAGAACUUCAAGUUUUUUCAUCUAUUUUUCCAGUUUAAAAAAAAAAAAGAUUAUUAAAAGGACUUCAGAACCAUUUCAGAAGUUGACCUCUAUCUGUUUCAUUGUAUUCCUGGUACUCAGAUUAACUGUUUAUUUCAAAUACCGCUAAACUGUAUGUAUUUCCAUUUAAAUAAAACUUUUUAUUCUAUAGACGUUAUCAUUAUUAUUUGAGGAAAUGAGCCUUUUGGGGUACAUUUGCGUUUUUAAAGUUUCAGUGUAAUGAAGUGUUUAUGAAUAAGUACUAUGUAUCAGGAAAAAAAUAUCCAGAACAAAGAAAGCACAGCUGGUAUCAAGGUUUGUGCUUUUUACACCUCUUUCUGAUCUCUUGGCUCUGUUUUUACCAUGUUUUAACUCAUGCUAUGUGAACUAAUUUUAAUGGGACGUAAGUGACCCGUUUGAAACAGGAAUUUAUCUUGUAAGUAGGUGACUUCAAAUAUUUUUUUACUGGAUUUUAAACAGCUGUAUUUUAUCUCUGCACUUGAGCAACAAGCCACGGAUAUGUACUGUGUUUGCCUCCCUAAAUAAACUUUAGAGUUGUGUUCCAAGACUUUUAGUGAACAAAAAAGGUGGAUGUAUACCUUAGCUGUCCACUGCAUCAUGGGACUCUCCAGGGCUACUCCAGAGCUGUAGGAAACCCAGCUGAAAGCCCAUAGGAUAUGCGCCUCAGGUUUGUAGCAAAUACUUUAUACAACAAGACGUAUCAAGUGUCUCUUAAGUACCAAUCCUGUAAAACGGAUUAUGCUGCACAUAAAAAGUAUUUUACAGGUUAAUGUAAAGUGCAUGCACCUGACCUUAAAAGUUGACUGAUGUCUUUAAAUAGGUAAGUCCAUUCUGUGUAGUGAAGUAGACAUAAAUUUUCUCUUUAAAUAACCUUAUUUAAGACUUCAUAACAGUUGCUUUAACGUGAUCGUUACAAGUUUAGAUGUGGUUCUGAUUUUCAGAAAUGUCUUGACUCAUAUUCCAGACAGUUUUCAGUUUAAGGAGGUCAUUCCGGAGUGCGGGGCUUAGUUCCUGUUUACUUGACGCUUUAGCUGCACUUUUUAUUGCCACCCAAUUCAAGGAGAACAGCGUUUAUAUGCAAGGUUUGUGACUUCAGUUAUUUACCCUACACCUAAUCACUUCCCCCUUCCCUCAUCAAAUUGGUGUAUUUAACGUUUGCAUUUGAAUGAGUGUCAGUCUUAAAUUUGAGUAGUCCUGCCCGUUUUUCUGCUUUUAGAAGUAGCAUUCUCUUGUGUUUAAUGUACUGUAGUUUGUGGCAUACAUAUGUUAAGACUUUAAUGUACUUUACAGAGUAUGCAUUUGGACUCAAUUGGCUAUUGGUUUGCUUCCGAAAAAAGUGCUGUAAUAAGACGCGUUCAUCUUGUAUUUGGCGUUUCUCACCAUCACAAAUCAACUAGACCCCAUUGCCUCGUCUUCACCUCUGGCAAGUGCUGAGACGACCCAUUUGCUCACCUCCCUGCUGAUAGUGGUUCUCAGAUGGAGCAGGUCCAUGUAGAAUGUGGAGGGCAGCUAUCUUCAGAGGAGCUCUGUCCCUGUCGAGCAGGACCAUGUGGGAGAAGACGGGCAGUUCACUAGAUGUGCAUUUGUCAUGUUGUCUGACUCAAGCCCACUGCCAGUUGCUGUUUCUAAAGCUCUUUCUCUCCUUUUCUUCCCCAGAAUUCGCAAAGCAGAUGGAUUUUAAUAAAUUCUUGCUUUUAAGUGCUGUGUGAUGACGAUCAUGCCAGAUUGACAUGACAAAUUCACAAACCAGAUUGGCCAGUGUGGGAGAAGGUAACUGCUGGUGACCAAGUGUGACUCCAGGACACACCUGAUGGAGAUCUCCCGGCCCUGGAGCAGACUGUCUCCGACAGGCCGUCGUCUGAAGGCCCGGAGCAGGAGGCCUGUUGCCCGUGUGCCGAAAAGGGACGGUGGGCCCAUAAGCGACCUUACUGCACUGCUGUGACAUUGAUGGAGUUGAUGGUCCAAACGUGUCUAAAAGUGAAGCCUUGUCCCACUUCAGGGCUUCUCAUAAACUGUUUACCUGUGGUGUAUGGAUGGAUGGAUUCGAUAAAGCUUGUGAAAUAAAGAUUCUUUUGUUGCUUGCAA